CUGGCUUUUGUCAUAAGACUACAAGUUAUUUAUAAGGGAAGCAACACCUCCGAGAUUUUUUGUGACACGACAGCCUGAAUAAAAGACAAAAUCAUCAUGGGGGAUGACAGUGAGUGGAUGAAACUGGCUGUGGACCAGAAAUGUGAACACAAGGUUUGGAAGGCCAGGCUGGCAGGCUAUGGAGAGGCGCUAAACCUUUUUCAGAGGAUUGAUGUUGAGAAGAGCCCAGAGUGGGGGAAGUUCCUCAGCCUAAUCAAGAAAUUUGUGACAGAACCCAAUGCAGUUGCCCAGCUGAAGGGUUUAGAAGCAGCACUGGUUUUUAUAGAGAAUGCACAUGUAGCCAGCAGGACGGUGGGUGAGGUGGUGAGUGGCAUUGUGUCCAAAGUGUUUAACCAACCAAAAGCUCGUGCCAAGGAGCUCGGUGCCGAUAUCUGUCUCAUGUACAUUGAAAUUGAGAAGGUGGAUGCUGUACAGGAAGAGCUUAUCAAGGGUCUUGACAACAAAAACCCAAAGAUCGUAUUGGUCUGUGUCGAGACUAUCCGCAGAGCUCUCUUUGAAUUUGGAGCCAAAACAGUUUCUGUGAAACCUAUUGUGAAGGUUUUGCCAAAGCUGUUUGAAUCCCGUGAGAAGGCAGUGCGGGAUGAAGCAAAACUGCUCUCUGUUGAGGUUUACAGAUGGAUCAGAGAUGCUCUGCGGCCAUCACUUCAGAAUAUCAACUCUGUACAGCUGAAGGAACUGGAAGAGGAGUGGGCUAAACUGCCUGCUGGAGCACCCAGACCGAGCCGCUUCCUUCGCUCCCAGCAAGCAGUACAAGCUAAAUAUGAGCAACAGCAAGCAGAGCCCAGUGCUGAUCCAACUGAUGAAACGGAUGGAUCUGCUCAGCAGGUGGACCCAUAUGAGCUCUUGGAUCCAGUCGACAUUCUCUCAAAACUGCCCAAAGACUUCUAUGAAAAAAUUGAAGCAAAGAAAUGGCAGGAGAGGAAAGAAGCAUUGGAGGCAUUGGAGACGCUUGUAAAAAAUCCGAAGCUAGAGGCAGGAGACUAUGGGGAUUUGGUAAAAGCCCUGAAAAAGGUUAUUGGAAAAGACACAAAUGUGAUGUUGGUCUCCAUGGCUGCUAAAUGCCUUGCUGGUCUUGCAGUGGGUUUAAGGAAGAAGUUUGGAAUGUAUGCUGGCCACGUGUUGCCGACUAUUUUGGGAAAAUUUAAGGAGAAGAAGCCCCUGGUGGUGCAGGCUCUCCAAGAAGCUAUUGAUGCAGUAUUCCUGACAACAUCUCUUCAAAACCUGAGUGAUGAUGUGUUGGCUGUGAUGGACGACAAAAAUCCUUCCAUAAAGCAACAAGCCUCAUUGUUCCUGGCCAGGAGUAUUCUUUUGUGUCCUCCUUCAGCCCUGCCAAAAACACUGGUCAAACCCAUCUGUACCGCUGUGCUUAAGCAAGUCAAUGAUUCCUCACCUGAAGUGCGAGAUGCUGCAUUUGCUGUUAUGGCGAGCUUCAUGAAGGUUGUUGGAGAGAAGGUCAUUAGCCCCAUCCUGGCUGAUCUUGAUAAACCCAAGCUUGACAAAAUCAAAGAAAGUGCCAACAAGCUUGAACCUACAAGGGGGAAGAAAGCAGGAACUGAACAGGAGAACACAAUGUCCUAUCCACAGCCGGCACCUGAAGCUUCCUCCAAACCCGUAGGACAUCUCAAACAGGUUUCUUUGGCUCAGGGUGCUGGGCCUCCAAGGAAAACCAAACCUACAACCGCUGGUACCAAGCCUGAUGCAGGAAAGAGAAAGAAACAGCCAGCAGAGACCAAAGAAGUGGUGGAACCAGAGCUUUCUAUGGAAGUGUGUGAAGAAAAGGCAGCUGCUGUCCUCCCCGCUUUGUGCAUUCAACAACUUGACAGUGCCAAUUGGAGAGAGAGACUGCAGGCCAUGGAGGAGUUUUUGAAGACCAUAGAUCAGCUAGAGAGCAGUAGAAUACCCUGUCAGGCUCUGGUGCGAAUGCUGGCCAAGAAACCAGGCUGGAAAGAGACAAACCUUCAGGUGAUGCAGUUAAAGCUGCAGGUUGUGGUGGCAGUGGCCCAGAGAGGUCAGUUUUCCAAGACGUCAGCCUUGAUGGUUCUGGAUGCAUUGGUGGACAAAGUGGGAGAUGUGAAGUGUGGUAUGAAGGCCAAGGAAGCUCUGACUGCCAUCGGAGAAGCCUGUUCUCUCCCCUGGACAGCCGAACAGAUUGUCUCAAUGGCCUUUUCUCAGAAGAAUCCUAAAACUCAGGCUGAAACCUUGAAUUGGCUUGCUAAUGCCAUCAAGGAGUUUGGUUUUUCGGGAAUAAAUGUGAAAUCUUUUAUCAACCACAUCAAGACUGCUUUGGGAGCCACUAAUCCUGCUGUACGGACUGCAGCAAUUUGUCUGUUAGGUGUCAUGUAUGUCUAUAUGGGAGCCCCUAUCCGGAUGUUCUUUGAGGACGAGAAGGCUGCUUUGCUCUCUCAAAUCGAUGCAGAGUUUAAGAAGGUGCAGGGCCAGACUCCUCCUACUCCAAUCAGGGGAACUAGCAAAUUGGAGCCUCAGAAGGAUGGGGAGCAGUCUGAAGAGCCGGAUGAUGGCGGUGCAGUAGAUGUGAUGGAUCUCCUGCCACGCACUGACAUUAGUACAAAGAUUACAGAUGAGAUGGUUAAUAAAAUUGGGGAUAAAAACUGGAAGAUUCGGAAAGAGGGGUUAGAUGAAAUGGCUGCUGUCAUCUCUGAAGCAAAAUUCAUCAAACCCACAGUUGGAUUCCUGCCCACUGCACUCAAGGCUCGGCUUGGGGACUCGAACAAGAUCCUGGUACAGCAGACACUGUCCAUCAUUCAGCAGCUGGCCACAGCCAUGGGUCCAGGCCUCAAACAGCACGUUAAAUCUCUGGGCAUACCAAUCAUCACAGUUUUGGGAGAUGGCAAGAAUACAGUGCGAGCUGCUGCUCUGGCUGCACUUUCAGCCUGGGUGGAGCAGACGGGCCUGAAGGAGUGGCUAGAGGGAGAGGAACUGUCUGAGGAGCUGAAGAAGGAGAACCCCUACCUCAGACAGGAGGUUCUUGGCUUUCUGGCAGAGCAUCUGGUCACAGUGCGCUCGGUGCCCCCUGAUCUGAUGCACUGUGUGGCUCCAUUGUAUGCCUGUCUUGAAGACCGCAACGGAGACGUCAGGAAGAAGGCUCAGGAUGCUCUGCCUGUCUUUAUGACUCACCUGGGCUUCGAGAAGAUGAACAAGGCUGCAGGCAAACUUAAGCCUGCAUCUAAAGAUCAGGUGGUAGCCCUGCUGGACAAAGCGAGAGCUGUGAUGCCAGCCAAACCUGCUGCUCCCGUCAAAGCUGCCGCUGCUCCUCCUGCAAAACCUCCUCCUGCCGUAGUGACUGUUCAAGACAACUCUGAAGCUACAGAGGACAAAAGUGAUUCCAAAACUACCAAGGCAGCAUCUGGGCAAAAAGGAAAACAUCGGCGGUCUCAGGAGCUGAACACAAGCUCCAACAGCAGCUUGAACUCCAGUAUAGAGAAAGACACUAAGACUUCAGCUUCCUCCAAAACGAAUAAACCUAAAAGGAUUUUGGCAUCUUUAAAGAAGCCUCCUGGAAGGAACAAAGAGGAAGAAGACAGGUCGGGACCACUUUUCAUCCUUGUGUUCAACAAGAAAGAGCAGCGUAUCAAAGAGGAGAGAAACCUAAAGGUACUGAAGUGGAACUUUUCUUCCCCCCGUGAUGAAUAUGUUGCACAACUCAAAACACAGAUGGCUCCCUGUGUGGCAAAGUGGUUACUGGAAGAAUUAUUUCAUCCUGACUUCCAGCAACAUAUUAAAGCAAUCUGUGCCAUGAUUGAGUGUCUCGAUGCAGAGAAAGAUGCUGUGAUGUCCUGCCUGGAUCUAAUCCUGAAGUGGUUCACAUUGCGCUUCUUUGACACAAAUACCAGUGUGCUAAUGAAGGCGCUGGAGUUUUUGAAGCUCUUGUUCCUGUCCCUUAUCAAGCAGGACUACCAACUCAGUGACUUUGAGGCAAACGCAUUCCUGCCUUACCUCAUCCUUAAGAUGGGGGAGUCAAAGGACGUGGUGAGGAAGGAUGUUCGAGUUAUUGCGAACAUGAUGUGCAAAAUGUAUCCAGCGAGUAAAAUUUUUCCCUUCGUAAUGGAUGGAACAAAGUCAAAGAACUCCAAACAGAGAGCUGAGUGCCUGGAAGAACUUGGUUGUCUGAUUUUGCUAUGCGGCAUGUCUGUUUGCCAACCGACACCCGCUAAGGCUCUCAAGGAGAUCGCAGUCCAUAUUGGUGACAGGGACACAUCAGUUCGGAACGCCGCCCUAAACACCUUAGUGGUGGCUUACAAUGUCUGUGGUGAACAGGUCUACAAAUUUAUUGGCAAUUUGUCUGACAAGGAUAUGAGCAUGCUGGAGGAAAGGAUAAAACGUUCUGCCAAGGAGGCUGUGCCACCGCUUAAAAACACAGAGGAAAAACUGAGCAGAGCCCCUCCUUUACAGGUCAACGCCAGCCUUCUACACAGACAAACAUCUGAAAGUGAUCUGUCGAAUCUCAGGCAGUUGCAUGGCCAGAAAGGCCCAACAUCCCAGGAGCAGGCAUCACAGUCAUCUCAGGUCCCUGCAGAGUUCAGCCUAGACCUUCACCUGCUGGAUGAUCUUGGCAAUACACCUGCCCAUCACUUACCUGACCUGGUUCAGCAUAAUCUGGAUGACCUGGGGCCUCUACCUCUUCCAGUUUUAACGUCAGGUCCAUUUACUCUUACCUCUGAUCCCCACCUGAAUUCCACCCCCACCAUCAACUUAGUUGUAUCAAAGAUUGCAUCUGGGGACCUGAAUACCUGCAUACAGGCCCUUAAGCAGGCGGACGAGGCUUUCUCGAGGCAUGAUGACUCUGGCAUGAUGGCAAAAAGCAUCAAUCAAUUCCUCAUUGCUGUGGUGUUACAGCUGCGCCUUGUCCACAGCACACACAUGGCUGACAGAUGCGUACCACGGGAAGAACUCUCCAGACUUUAUAACAGCAUUAUCAGCACUAUGAUAACGAUGUUUGGAGUUGAGGUUCUAGUCCGGGAAGCCUCAUCAGGUGUGCUGAAGGACCUGGUGGAGUGUUUGCUGACCGUGAUGUUGGACCCCAGAGUGGAAGAGCUAAAGGAUGGACAACAUAUCAUCAGCAUGGUCAACAACCUGCUUGGAAAGCUUUUGUCCAAAGCCAACCAGACAAGCAUACUGAGUGCUCUGCUGGUGCUGCUGCAGGACGCCCUGUCAUCCUCUGUGUCCUCUGAGUUCUGUGAACUUGUGAUGAAGUGUUUAUGGAGGAUGAUCAGAUUUCUCCCAGACACGGUCAGCAGUCUGAAUCUAGACAAGAUUUUACUUGACAUGCACAACUUCAUGAAGAUCUUCCCCAGAGAGCGGCUCCGCCAGCUGCAGAACGACACGGCCCGGCGCACGCUCACCACCCUCCUGCACACGCUGUGCCGCCUCACCGGACCAAACAUUCUGGACCAUCUCACUUUGGUGGUGAACACAGAAGAGUCUGAACUCUUGACUUACCUGAGAAGGGCUGUGAAAACUACAGGAACCAAGUCAAACAGAACCCAAGAAAAAGAGGUUCACAAAUCAAAAGAGAGGGAAGAGCUGCUGGAAAUAUUAAAGAAUUUCAUGGAUAAAGAAAGCUGUGGACAGGCUGUGGCAGAGCUGUGGGAGUACAAGCAGAAGUAUCCUCAGGCAGACCUAGAGCCCGACUUGAAGAGGUUGCCUCAGUCUGUUCAAACGUUUGUUGAGCGGUCCCUCGCCAACAUCAGCAAUAAGAGCGAAGCCCAGGCUAGGCUGCAACCUCAACACUCGGGAGUGACCUGUGGGCUCCCUUCUAACUCUGUGCGCCUCCAACCAUCUGCACACAAUAAACCACUCAACGUUCUGCAGGAGGUCGCUGACUGUGACAAUAAGGACAACGUCAGAAAUACAGGAGGGUUCAGCUCAAACACAAACCCUGAAAAAUGGGACCAAAGCAAACUGUUGGCCAACCAGGAGAAACUCCAGAUGUUCCGACAGCUGCACCACCUGGAGAACAAAACCAAGCUUGUGGGACCACUGGAUCCUGCUCCUCUGUCCACGUCCAGCACUCUUACCUCUGCGAAGGACAUAAAGAUCUCUGGUCUGCAGCAAACCCGCCAGCAAAGCCCCAGCCGGGGAGGCGGUUUCUCAAACUCCGCCCCCAUGUCCACACUGGAUGACCUGAGGAAGCGACUGGAGAGGAUAAAAAGUGCUAAAGUCUAAGAACCACAAUUCAGUUAGUGUUUCUUUGUGUUGUAACAUAUGCUUACAAAUAACUUUAAAUUUUAACAAAUAAAAUUUGAGUUUUAGUAUUUUAA